GGUGUCAUUCCUUUUCCAGACCGAAAAGCACAGGGGGAGGGUCUAAUAGCUGGAGAGGGGAAGAGAGAAAGAGAAGCUACCAUUACAGUCAACUCUUACUCAGCCUGAACCAAGAGAAAAAGCAGAACAAAAGGAAGAGGGGGAGAGAAAAGGGAGAUCUACACUGCAGCUGUUUUAACAGGAUAAACACACAAAAUGGAGGACUCCAGCAGCAGCAAGCCAUUCAUGGUGACAUCCUCUCUGAACUUCAAAGUCACCACCCCGUCCUUCUACAACCAGCCAAAAAAGUUUGCCUCUGUGGCACCACCGCGGCCCAAAAGUCUGACGCCUCCCUCUGCUCCAUCACCGACGCCAGUAGGCACAGCUGUGAUAGGUCGAGUGGGAGAUCUGCCUCCGCCGCCUCCUUCGCUGUGUGAUGACUUCCCACCCCCUCCUCCUCCUCCACUGGAUGAUGAUUUGCCAGCCCCUCCCCCCGAAUGCCAAACCACACCCACUGCCCCUGACGCUCCCCCUCCCGCCUUCCCCGCUCCACCUCCAGUGGCCGAUGACCUGCCCCUCCCAGUUCCCCCCGAGGAGAGUGCCUGUCCACCCACCUCCCCCUCUCCCCCUCCUCCCCCACCCCCGCCGCCACUCUCUGCCUCCGGUACCAGUAUUCCCAGUGCUGCUGGGAACCCACAGAGACUGAUGGAGAAGCAGACAAGCUUCGAUAAACAGCUUGACUCUCUAACUGACUUGCUGUCUGAGAUGGAGACCAGGGGACCUUUCAACCCUAAGUUACCAAGCCAGUAUCCUGCAGCACCAGCACCCAAGCCAUCAGCUCCUCCCCCGACUGCUCCUAAACCAGCGCUCUCCUUCCUUCCACCCCCUGAGAUGGGAGACCGCCCACCUCCAGCACCCUGGGCGGAAGAACUCAAAGCCAGAACGAACCGACAAGCCAAUCACAACAACUCUGCACCAAACUCUGCUGCUCAGCCAUUCGCUAAGGCCCCGGCUGUGGCUCCCAAGUCUGGUUUCGGAGGGAGAACUGCGACAUCAUCAGCCUCUCUGGCACAAAAACUGAACCAGAACCUGAACCAGACGACCACCCCAAUUAAUGUUGCACCAAAACCUUCCCCUCCUUCUGCGACCAGCUCUUUCCCUCCACCUCCUGCAGCUCCCCCUGCACCUCCCACUCCACCAAACAAUAUGGCAGCUGCCCCGGCCUCUAAUCACGUAAAGAGUUCUCCCUUUGCCAGUCAGGUGAACGCAAACCAAAACCCUCCAGCUGCUGUGCCUCCUCCUCAACCCAAGACGAUGGAGUUGCCCCGCUCCUCUUUUAGCCAACCAAUGAAAACUCCCCCUCCAUCAAUGCAGCCCUCACCCCCUGGCCCAGUUCCUAUUCCAGGUGGAGGUGUUCCUCUGAAUAUGAGGGAAGUGGAGGAGCUGGAGAGAAUGACCAAGGACUUCAUUAAAGACAUGGACACACACGCACCUGUCAUCACCUCCCCACCUACAGAGGUCUGUGGGAAGUGUGGCGAGGCUCUGUCUCGGACCCAGCCAGCAGUGAGGGCCAUGGAUAAACUCUUCCACUCUAACUGCUUCUGUUGCAUGAGCUGCCAUCGCCCCCUGCAGGGCAUGCAGUUCUAUGACAGGGACGGGUCACCUCAGUGCGAGGACUGCUAUAUGAGUUCCCUGGCGGUCUGUUCCCGGUGUGGGGAGAAGAUUACAGACCGCGUGUUGAAGGCGGUCGGCCAAUGUUUCCACGCCCACUGUUUCCGCUGUAGCACCUGCUCCUGCGUACUUGAGGGGGCGCCUUUCAUCACUGAUGACAACAACAACCCCUACUGUGUCCAGGAUUACCACAGACGUUUCUCCCCUCUUUGUGUGAGCUGUAAUGAACCCAUUGUUCCAGCUGCGGGCAGUGAAGAGACAGUCAGAGUGGUGGCUCUCGACAAGAACUUCCACCUCAAGUGUUACCGCUGUGAGGAUUGCGCUCGGCCACUCUCCAUAGAAGCGGAUGAAAAUGGCUGCUAUCCAUUGGAUGGAAGGAUCCUGUGUAUGAAGUGUCACACCCAGCGAGCCAAGCAGGCUGCGCAGUGAUUGGCUGAUGCAGCAUCACUCAGAUUAACUAUGAACCAAAUCCAAAAGCACAGGAUUCAUUCAGCUGCCGGUUUUGCCUUUGCAACAGGGCUUUAUUUAGUAUAUGUGCGCAGGUGUGAGCGUGAAUGUGCCGUGUGACAAGGUAUGUUUGCAUGCAGAUACAGUGUAGUAUUCCCUUGUCUCUGUUCACUUCAGUGCAGAAGUAAUGUACUGCAUUGAAAUAAAUGUCCCUCAUCUUCUAUUCCCAAUCUCCCAACCCUCCAAUCUUUCAUCUAGCCUUCUUUGUGUACUAGAGCGUAUUUUUUGUGCCAAUUCUAUGUUUACGCUAAAAUUUCCAGCAUAUCUUGCACAAGAACUGUGUGGUCAAAAGAGCAGUCUGAUGAAUAUAAAGUUGCCUUCCUUUGUCUCUCCUCAGCAUCAUUAGUAGCAUCAUGUACUGAGAUGUUUUCAUCUUUCACUGGCUCUUCUCUUUCCCUAUGAGCGUUGUAAUUAUAUCAAUGUUAGUGAGACAGAUUAUUACCAUAGCACGAGGAGUAUCAGGGACCAUUCUGCAGAUUUCACCACUCUGACUGGCUGUUGGUAGAGCAUAUUAACACUUUGGCAAUUGUUGUGCCUGCAAGCAUGGUUAAUGAUGCUUUCCUAUCUAGAAAGUGCUUCAUAUCAGCCAGUCUACUCUGAUAGCAUUUUAAAGUCAUCUAGGGCUAAACGUUGACUGCAAAAAAGAUAAAACCGUGAAUGUUGCUCUUAGUUUUUUGUGAUGUGAAUUUGAUCAUUUAGAGGCAUGUGUUGAUCAUACACACUGUAUAAGAGCAAGAUUAGAACAAAAGUCAGCCAUUUCUCUUCUCAAAAAUAGUUCAAUAGUCCAGAUUUAACAGUGUAUUUUUAGAUGCAUGCUUUUUGGAUGCACACAUUUUGAACAAACAGACGAGCACAGAUUUGCCAAGCACAGAUUCCUUUCCAGGGAUCUCAUAAAUUAAAAAACAGUGAAGUUAUAAAUGCCAGCUGCAUGGCUGAAAACAGGACCUUUUAUGUGAUAGUUGCACAGUUCCAUAGUGAAAUAAGAUAUCCUUUAAUGUCACUUUGACUGUAAAGCCCCUGCACAUGAUCAAUUCAUUUUUUUAAGUAGAAGCGACCUGGAAACAUAAUAGUAGCUUUUGAUAUGCAUUCUCUUGAAUCUCUUGCUUUAAAUGAUAUAAUUUAUGGAUUUUUUUUUUUUAAACGGAGUAUUAAGAUUAUAUGUGUACCAUUACUAAAAUAACCUGCCCUUACAGCAGGAUAAUAAAUCAGUAGAGGCAUUAGCUUUGAGCUUUAGGUAACACAUGCUAAAAAUAGUGACCAAAUAUUUCAAAGCUUUUAAAGACAAGAAUAAGGUAAAUAAAACAGUUACUUGGGAUUAAAUGUUUAGACAUUCAUGUAUUUUUUGUCACCUUUUUGUGUUUGAGCCCAGUUUUUUGGUCUGGAUUUAUUCUAAUGUUACAGUAAAUACCACUAUUCUUUCCACUAUUCAUCUUUUGUACUUAAGUCUGUUCAUGUCGGUUAUAUUCUGUUUUAUUCUUAUCUUACUGUACUGUAUUUCUUUGAUAAAAGCUUCCAAUUAUUUGGUUUCAUUUUGAACCUGGAGGUGUGCCUUCUCCACUAUUGUAUUCCAUUUUUCCUUUUGAAUCGAGCCUGGUUUGCAGCCGAAGAAAUUCAUUCCACAAUAAGAGAACAGUAUUUACUUGUGCUUGCAUUGAACCUGGUGCAGUGUAACACCAGAAUGACUAACACAGCAAUAGCUAUUCAGCAUUGCAUGCUAGCUGUGUAGGCAGUGGUGGCGGUUCUUCUAGUAUUAUGUCUUUUUUUUGCACCAACUACUCCACCUUUGUGGCCCUGCCUUUGUCAUCACUAUGUGAUAUGUAUGAUGAUGCCUUCACAGUUGCAUUUAUCUGGCGUUUUGUUGUGUUCUGUUCAAUUGUAUAACAUGUGGAUGCCUUGUCUUUUCAUAUAACUUUUUUUUUUUAUAAAUUCCUGUUUGUUAUUUGUGAAUGUGUAUAUGUUCAAAAACAUUAUUUAGCUUCACCUCUACCCCUUUGGCUGUAUCAAAAGAUAAACAAAUAAACAAAUAAAAUGCUAAAUACCA